GCGUGCACCACUGUUUUAACCAAUUGGGUGUGACGGGGCGGAGCGAUUACAGACGUUUCUAUUCUAUUUUUUCUUUUUUUAUGACCGCUUUUAAGGAGAGGGCUCAUGUGUCUUACAGGAUAUGUAACGCACCUUGAGGUUGCUGACCUCCGCGUAACAUGUGUCUGCUCCAAAGCCACGGCACAUAGCCACGGGGAGCAGUUUUUUAUAAGGGGGAAGAGCUGAAGGGAACCUGCGGUGUGAGCGUGGGCUACGAUGGAAAAAGUCAGCAAAGACGCCAAGACGAACCCGGCUGCCACCGCGAACUUUUUGUCCAAGAUAUUUUUCUGGUGGCUGAAUCCUUUGUUCCGGGCGGGGUACAAACGUAGGCUGGAGGAAGAUGAUAUGUACCAAGUGCUUGCAGAGGACCGGUCGGAGAAACUGGGACAGGACCUGCAGAGAAUCUGGGAUCAUGAGGUCCAGAGGGCUACCAAAGAGCUGCGGAAGCCUCGACUCACCGGUGUCAUUGUUAAGUGUUACUGGAAAGCAUAUGCAGUGCUGGGGAUCUUUACACUAAUUGAGGAGACCAUUAAAGUCGUCCAGCCAAUCUUAUUGGGGAAGAUUAUUGAAUACUUUGAGAGUUAUGACCCAAAUAACACAAGGGCUUUUCAUGAGACCUUGGGCUAUGCAGCUGGAUUGUCUCUCUGCACCAUUGGCCUGGCAUUGAUGCAUCACCUCUACUUUUACUAUGUGCAGAGGGUAGGCAUGAAGAUCAGAGUGGCCAUGUGUCACAUGAUUUAUAAGAAGGCUCUGCAUCUGAGCAGUUCAGCCAUGGGGAAGACCACCACAGGCCAGAUCGUCAACCUGCUCUCCAAUGAUGUCAACAAGUUUGAUGAAGUGACGAUCUUUCUGCACUUCCUGUGGGUGGGACCGCUCCAGGCAGCUGCAGUCGUUGGGCUGCUGUGGUACGAGAUCGGUCCUUCAUGCUUGGGAGGCAUAGGGGUCCUUUUGAUUCUGAUGCCUGUCCAAAGCAUGUUCGGAAGACUUUUCUCCAAGUUCAGAAGUAAGACUGCUUCUCUGACGGACAGCAGAAUCCGCACAAUGAAUGAAGUGGUGUCUGGAAUGAGGAUCAUUAAGAUGUACGCUUGGGAGAAGCCCUUCGCUGCUCUGGUCUCUGAGGUCAGAAGAAAUGAGAUCUCCAAGAUCAUGAAGAGCUCCUACCUGCGAGGUCUCAACAUGGCUUCAUUUUUCUGCGCCAGCAAGCUCAUUCUCUUUGUCACAUUCGCCAUCUAUGUCCUCCUGGGAAAUACCAUCUCAGCCAGCCGUGUAUUCGUGACGGUGUCUCUCUACAGUGCGGUGCGACUUACGGUGACGCUCUUCUUCCCUAGUGCUAUUGAAAAGCUGUUUGAGAGCCGUGUCAGCGUCCACAGGAUUCAGGAGUUCUUGACACUGGAUGAGAUCAGGAAAAACACAGUUGCUCUGCCACAGGAUGAGAAGGAUGCUGCUGUGGAGAUUCAGGAUCUGACUUGCUACUGGGACAAGAGUUUGGAUGCUCCAUCUCUGCAGAGCAUCUCACUCACACUCAGCUCGAAUCAGCUGUUGGCUGUAAUUGGACCGGUGGGAGCUGGAAAGUCAUCCCUGCUGAGCUCCAUCCUGGGCGAACUUCCAGCUGAAAAAGGGGUGCUGAGAGUCAAAGGACAGUUGACCUACGCAGCCCAGCAGUCGUGGGUCUUUCCUGGAACAAUUCGCAGCAACAUCCUUUUUGGAAAAGAUCUGAACCCCCAGAAGUAUGAGAGAGUCAUCAGAGCCUGUGCUCUAAAGAGGGUGAGAGAUUUGCAUUUGCAGUUCACAAAGUACUCAACCAUUGUUAUGUGCACGAUUGAGCCUUUAGAAACAGAGAAAAGGGUGAUAAAUAACUCCAAAGUUGCAUUAGAUCUUGUUUUGGCUGUGUAUCAGGAUGCAGACAUCUAUAUUCUGGAUGACCCACUCAGUGCUGUGGAUGCAGAGGUGGGGCGGCACCUCUUUGAACAAUGCAUCUGUGGCUUGCUGAAGAACAAGCUUCGUAUCCUGGUCACCCAUCAGCUUCAGUACCUGAAGGCAGCUGACCAGAUUGUUGUCCUGAAAGAGGGUCACAUGGUGGCAAAGGGAACUUACACGGCGCUUCAGCAGUCUGGAUUGGACUUCACCUCCCUUCUCAAGAAGGAGGAGGAAGAGGAGCAACAGCAGCCUCAUCAUGACACCCCCACCAGAACUCGAACUCUGUCUCAAAAUUCAGUACUGUCCCAGACCUCCUCUGUCCAGUCCAUCAAAGAUGGAGACCAGUUACCGGCGGAGAAAGUUCAGACAUUUGCAGAGGAGACUCGAGCUCAGGGAACCAUUGGAAUACGCAUGUAUGCCAAGUAUCUGACAGCUGGGGCCAACAUUGUGGUUCUGCUGGCUGUCGUGCUGCUUAACAUCAUGGCUCAGGUAGCAUACAUCAUGCAAGACUGGUGGCUAGCUUACUGGGCUGAUGAGCAAGAAAAACUAAUGGCCAGCAGUAACAUGACUAACAUCACAGCAAAUGGACUAAAUGUCACCAAAGAGCUGGACACGGAUUUUUACCUGGGAAUUUAUGGAGGUUUGACUGCAGUCACCAUAAUCUUUGGCUUUGGCAGGAAUUUGGUGCUGUUCGAUGUGCUAGUGAGGUGUUCACAGUCUCUGCACAACCGCAUGUUUAGCGCUAUACUCCAAACACCCGUGCGCUUCUUUGACAUCAAUCCGAUUGGAAGAGUAUUGAACAGAUUUUCAAAGGACAUUGGGCUGCUGGACUCCAACAUGCCAGUGACGUUUGCAGACUUCGUUCAGAUUUUCCUCCAGAUACUUGGGGUCAUUGCUGUUGCAGCGUCAGUGAUUCCCUGGAUCCUUAUCCCCGUUGUCCCCCUCCUUCUCAUCUUUCUUUAUUUGCGUCGCUACUUUCUGCGGACCUCCAGAAAUGUUAAACGGCUCGAGUCCACCACUCGGAGUCCAGUCUUCUCCCACUUGUCCUCAUCUCUUCAGGGCCUUUGGACAAUCCGAGCAUUUGGAGAAGAGGAGCGCUUCCAGAAAGUCUUUGAUGCCCAUCAGGACCUGCACUCAGAGGCCUGGUUCCUAUUCCUGACCACCUCUCGCUGGUUUGCUGUCCGCCUUGAUGGCAUCUGCUCCAUCUUUGUUACCAUCACUACUUUUGGCUGUCUGCUGCUCAGAGACAAGCUUGAUGCAGGUGCUGUUGGUUUGGCUCUGAGCUACUCUGUCACACUAAUGGGCAUGUUCCAGUGGGGUGUCAGACAGAGUGCAGAGGUGGAGAACAUGAUGACAUCAGUGGAAAGAGUAGUAGAGUACACUAAACUGGAGAGUGAAGCACCCUGGGAAACCCAGAAACGUCCUCCUCCUGAUUGGCCAAGUAAAGGCCUGGUGACCUUUGACCAGGUCAACUUCUUCUACAGUGCUGAUGGACCUCAGGUGCUGCACAACCUGAAAGCCAUGUUUAGACCCCAAGAGAAGGUCGGUAUUGUGGGUAGAACAGGAGCCGGGAAAAGCUCUCUGGUCUCGGCUCUGUUCCGCCUGGCAGAGCCCCAGGGGAAGAUCUACAUCGACGGUGUUGUGACCUCUGAGAUUGGCCUCCAUGACCUGCGCCAGAAGAUGUCCAUCAUUCCUCAGGACCCGGUACUGUUUACGGGUUCCAUGAGAAAGAACCUGGAUCCAUUUAACCAACACACAGAUGAAGAACUGUGGAGUGCUCUGGAAGAGGUGCAGCUAAAGUCUGUGGUGGAAGAGCUCCCUGGAAAGUUGGAGACUGCCCUGGCUGAGUCGGGCUCCAACUUCAGUGUGGGCCAGAGGCAACUGGUGUGUCUGGCACGAGCUGUCCUGAGGAAGAACCGCAUCCUCAUCAUUGAUGAGGCCACAGCCAAUGUGGACCCGAGGACCGAUGAGCUGAUCCAGAAAACCAUACGAGAUAAGUUCAGGGAAUGCACUGUGCUCACCAUCGCUCAUCGCCUCAACACCAUCGUAGACAGCGACCGUAUACUGGUUCUAGAUGCAGGGAAGAUCCAUGCGUAUGAUGAGCCGUACACCCUGCUGCAGGAUCCCACUAACAUUUUUUAUAAAAUGGUGCAGCAGACGGGCAAACAGGAGGCAGCAGCUCUUCUAGAGGCGGCUAAAAAGGCUUACGACAGCAGGAGCCGCUCUGGCCUGUCAAACGGACACGCAGUAACAGCAGACGGGAACUUGGUUAUCUUUGAGACCGCUCUGUAAGCUCAGGGAGGCACUGAAUUGCUGCUGCUCCUCCAGAAGAUUUCAGAAGGUGCCUGGGCUGUAAAGCCCCUCCAGUCUCUGGUGAAAGCGCUGAUCCGCUGCUGGUGGCGUAAGACGGGGUGGACAUGACCUGCACAGCAUUGAUUUGCUGGGCCUGAUGUGGCCACACAGUGCAGCUGUUUCCUCAGACUGACUGCCCAGAAAUCAGGGCUAUGAGAACUGUUGAUGUAGAGCACUACCUAUUUAUCUCUCACGUGUUAAAUUGCUGUUCAGCAUUCUGAUGCCUUGCACAAAUAGCUUUUAAAUGGCUACAUAAUUUUUAAAAUCCCAAGUGCUUUAAUUUAUUGAUGAAAGUGUUGCCAAAGUUGCCUUUGGAUUUGUAAAUCAAAGUGAUAUGUUUGUUCAGGAUUAGUAACGACCAAAUUCUUACUCGGCAGAGAUCUCUCUGUAUUUUUUAACAUUUAUCUCUUUAACUACAUGUUUUAAAGACUUGAAAAAAAAGUUUCACAAGUUUUUAGUGUUAAAUAUUUUGUUCCUUGUGUUGUUUAAAUGCUGACUGAAGCAUUUCCAGGGAGGAAAGUGAAAUAGCAGUGUGAGCUGUCUGCUGAAUGUUUAAGUUAUUUCAGGUUUGUACACUUGUUUCGUCAAAUAUUACAUAAAAGGCCCACACAUCUCACAUGGUAACA